GGUGAUAGCGCCAACUGCAGACACUUCACUGCUUCGGGCCAACGACACUCGCUACUCAGCCCACUAUGGUAACACAGUUCGCGACCCAACCAGGGACGCAAGCGUUUGUUGCGGCGUUGUCAGCCUGAGACAGGCAGUCACCGACUGCUGACGAUAUAUCCACUGAGCUUUGCUGGCGCCAGAGCCAGAGUGAAGAUGGGUGGCAGAUGACUGGUAGACCUGGUAAUUCGAUGAUUGCGAGACCAUAGUAAUUACCCCACAAUCCAACGAGAAGGAAGCCCGCAUCAGUCCGGAACAUGGACGCUGCGACGGCCGCGGCAAAGGCCUGCCUGGCCGCCCGGGAGGCGCUCGGCACAGACUUGGUGUCCCUCGCGCCGGCGAACCAGACCCUUGUGGAAGUCAACUGGUCCGAAACGUGUUGGGCGGCGCCGUCGUGUGUGGUGCAGCCCAGCUCGGCCCGGCUGCUCUCGGUCGUGCUACGGAUCAUCGUGCAGUUCCAGGUGCUGUUUGCCGUCCGCAGCGGCGGCCACUCGCCCAACCCGGGUUGGGCGAGCAUCGGCCAGCCGGGCGUGCUGAUCGACCUCUCGCGCCUCGACGCCUUCCGCGUCAAUGCCGAUGCGUCUGUCGUGAGCGUCGGGCCCGGCCAGCGAUGGGGCAGUGUUCUCGCUGCGUUGGACCCAUACAACGUCACGGUCGUCGGCGCAAGGUUGCCUGGUCUCGGCGUGGGGGGGUUCCUGCUCGGAGGUGGGUUAUCCUAUUUCUCGGGCGAGUACGGCCUCGGCGCGGACAACGUGCGAAACUUUGAAGUCGUCCUGGGCAACGGCAGCAUCGUCGAGGCCAACGCCCACGCGAACGCGGACCUAUUCUGGGCUCUCAAGGGCGGCGGCCCAAACUUUGGCAUCGUCACCCGCUUCGACCUAGCCACCAUCCCCAUCCACACCGUGUACGCUGAAAUCCAAGCCUACGCCGCGACCGAAACCGCAUCAGUGCUGCGCGCCCUCGCCGCCUGGCAGCUCAGCACGGGCGCAUCCGACGUGCGCGCCACGGUGGUCGCCCUCGCCUUCCCCGACGGCACCACCACGCUAGGGUUCAUCUACUCGCAGCCGGCCGCCACGCGGCCCAGCGCCUUUGCCGCGUUUGCCGACAUCCCCGUGCUGGCCACCGUGCUGGCGCCGACCAACCUCUCGGCCCGGGCGCUGGUCGAGGCCGCGACCGGCCUGGCCAACCUGUCCCCGCAGCGCCAUGACUACCGCGCCGCCACGGUGCCCGUCGUCGACGCCGACUUGUAUGUGGAUAUGUUCCGCUUCUGGGCGGAACGCGCGGUCGACGUCCAUGCCAGGACGUGCGCGAACCAGACUUUUGUGCUGCAGCCUGUCACGCCGAAUAUGCUGCAGCGGGGGGUCGAUGGCGGGGGGAAUCCGCUGGGGCUGCGCCCGUCUAGCAUGUCUUGGUGGACCACUCUCAUUGACUGGGAAGACCCAGCCGACGACGACCUCGUGCGCAGCGUGUCCAUCGCCACGACAGAUGAGUGGAAGAGGCGGACGGGCGGCGGCGGCGGCAGCAGAGACUUUCUGUACAUGAACGACUGCUCGCGCGAUCAGAACCCACUGCCCGGUUACGGGGUCGCCAACGUGGCCAGGCUGCGCGCCGUCGCCAGGAAGUACGAUCCUCACCAGGUGUUUCAGAAGCUGCAGCAUGACGGGUUUUUGUUGAGGAAGACUCAUGUAUAAAGGGCAUCACCGUCUACUAGAGUCUGAUAAGGUCCUGCUUGCCAUGCGUUGGUCUUUCAAUGGGGUACUAUUACUUCGACUCGAGUAGUAUGUACUACUAGUAGUAUUGUACAUGACAUCCUGUCAAAGACUCU